GAUAGCUAGCUAAAGAUUUUCAUAUGAAUGUUGACCAAAGUGAAAAAGUGAAAAACGUCAUUUAGGCGAAUACGUCAUCAUUACGCGUCAGAUUUAGCACAGCGGAACGAGUGGUUGAGCCUGCAUCCGACUCGAACGAAAUGGCACCGUCACCCACAAAGCGUAAGGAGGAGGAAAAGUCAAAGGACAGGGGAAAAGAGAAGACUGCCACUAAGGAAGGGGGGGACAAGGAGAGAGGGAGGGAGAAGGGCCACAAACGACGCAGUGCAUCCACUGGGAGCAGCAGCAGCUCCAGCAGCAGCUCUGGCUCCAGCUCUGGUUCCUCCAGCGGCUCUAGUUCCUCUGGCACCAGCCGCUCUGGGUCUUCCCGGUCCAGCUCCUCCAGCUCAUCUAGUUCCUCUGGGUCACCCGACCCCGGCCGCCGCCGACACGACAACCGUCGCCGCUCCCGCUCCGCGUCCAAAACACAGAAGAAGGGAGAUGACAAGGAGCGAAGGAGAAGGAGCCCGAGCCCCAAGCCCACCAAAGUUCACUUAGGAAGACUGACCAGAAAUGUGACCAAGGACCACAUCCAGGAGAUCUUUGCCACCUACGGCAAGAUCAAGAUGAUUGACAUGCCAGUGGAGAGGCUCCACCCAAACCUGUCCCGGGGCUACGCCUAUGUGGAGUUCGAGACUCCAGAGGAGGCCCAGAAGGCCCUGAAACACAUGGAUGGUGGUCAGAUUGAUGGUCAGGAGAUCACCACCUCUGCCGUGUUGGCUCCAAGGAUACGCCCUCCCCCUCGUAGACAGUCACCCCCACGCAGAAUGCCCCCACCUCCCCCCAUGUGGCGCCGCACCCCACCUCGCAUGAGGAGAAGGUCUCGGUCACCAAGGAGACGGUCCCCGGUGCGCCGACGCUCCAGGUCCCCGGGGCGCAGACGUCAUCGUUCCCGUUCCAGUUCCAACUCCUCACGAUAGAGGAACAACGCUAUCCCCCUGCCCGCCCACCCACCCCAACAACCCAGGGUGAAUGUAUUUUCCAUGAUUUCUUGCAUCCUGUCUCUUCCUUAAAAUGCAUUGGAGGACAAAAUCGGAAUGCUCCUUCUCCUCCAAUGUGCUUUGAGGUGGCGAGAAGAGAGGAUGAAAGGAAUCAAGGAAAUACAAUUGAGCUUGUACCUAAAAAAAAAAAAAAAAUUGUCUGAAGUGAACAGUCUAGUUGUUUGUCUCAUUACGUUUUUCCAGUUUUCAUUUUAAGGUUCCCAAACAGUCGUUCAGAUUACUUGUUGAUCGUCAUGUCCUUUGUUAUCCAAUCAGAGCUCAGGCUUUGUUUUAGUACUAAUGAUUUGCUCAAGAUGUGUAGCCUGUCUUUUUACCACCGUGUACUGAUUUUGUACAUGCUUUGAAAAUAAAAAGGAAGAAACUUCAACCUCAAA